AUGGGUAAUGCUAAUGGUUCUCAAAAUUCAAAUUAUUUUCGUCAACAAUUAUUUCAUAAUCUUUUACCAAAAGAAUCAUCGAUUAAUGUUGAAGGUUUAUUUAAUGAAUAUUAUUUUGAUACUGGUAUAACAAAAACAAAUGAUCUAAUACAUUCAACAUAUCAAUUUGCUUCUGUUAAAAAUAUUUUAACAAAUGAACAAGAAUUAUAUAUGACUAUUGGUCUUAAUUCGUGUGAAGAUGGAAAAAAUGAACGAAAAUAUUUAAAUUUAAUUAUUGUAUUAGAUGUAUCUGGUUCAAUGUCAGAACUAUUUGAUAAUAAUAGUUUUAAUACAUCAAAUGAACAUUCACAAAUGACAAAAGAGAGUAAAAGAAAAAUUCAUGUGGCUAAACAGGUAUUAAUCGAACUAAUUCAUAAUUUAGAUGCAGAAAAUGAACGUUUAGGUAUUGUAUUAUUUAAUCAAAAUGCCAAUUUAUUACAACCAAUUCGAAAAGUAAAAGAGAUUAAUAUCAAUGAAUUAAUUGAACGUAUAGAUGGUAUUGUACCAAAUGGCGGAACAAAUAUGGAGUGUGGAAUGAUUAUGGGUAUUGAUAUGUUAAGUGACUUGUUAAAUGAAAAUGUAAAUGAUACAAAUAAUAAUCGUAUCAUAUUUUUGACAGAUGCUCAACCAAAUCUUGGAGGAGAAAAAAGUUUAUUGGAUUUAUCAAAACGUGCUGCAUCAAAAAAUUCAAUUUAUAUUACGUACAUUGGUAUUGGAUUAGAUUUUAAUUCUGAUUUAGUAUAUGAAUUAACAAAAAUACAUGGUUCAAAUUAUUUUAGUGUUCAUUCAAGUCAAGAAUUUGUUAGAAUUUUAAAUAAUGAUUUUAAUUAUAUUGUCAAUCCUAUUGGUUUUAAUAUUAUUACGUUUAUUGAUUCAGAAAAAUAUGAAAUUGACAAAAUAUAUGGUAUACCAACAUCAAAUGAACAUGAAAAAUCGAAUUAUGUUCGAAUUGAUAGUGUUACACCGUCAGCUGUAGAUGAUAAAGGUUGUGUUAAAGGUAGUAUGAUCGUUGUUAAAUUUCGAGAAAAAUUAACAAGUAAUUUAAAUCCAUCUAAUUCAAUUCAAUUAACAAUGAGAUAUGAAAAUAUACAUGGACAAAAGCAACAACAAACAAUACCAACUAUCAUAAAUAUAAAUGAUAAACAAGAUAUUUUCUACGAUAAUUUGGGUAUUCGAAAAGCUAUACUAUUGUUACAUUAUACAUUAUUAAUUAAAAAUAUUAUUGAAGAUGUUAAUCAUCAUACCAAAACAUAUUAUGAUGAUUUAAUUAAUAAAGAGCAACAACAUAGACUAACUGAUAAUACAAAAAUGUCAACAAUGGUAUUAAAAAUUUCAAAGAAUAUGAAAAACGAUUUGUUAAAAUUUCGUUCACAUUUUAUUGAUGAAAUGAAAAUUUUAGACGAUAAUAAUUUAAAGAAAGAAUUAGAUAUUAUUGAUAAAUUUCGUUAUGCUGAAGAAAUCUAA